AUGAGUGUGAUCGAAAAUGGACGAUUCUGCAAGGAUGGACAAUACGAUGUUAUCCUGAGACUUGCACGUGAACAAGGUUCUAUAAUACCUUCGGAUUGGAAAAUACGUUUCACGCUCUAUUGGGAUUGCAAGGUCCAUCUUCCAUUGAAGCCUUUAGAACAAAAACCUUACUUAAUUUCGGAUCAACAAAAGGACGUUCUUUCAGUUUCAUAUAUGUAUCGUGUAGCUGAUUGCGAGUUGACUCAACAUGUCAGAGGUUUUCGUUGCCCGUGGUGUUCAAAUCUUUGCUUUGCAGACAGUAAAUGUUUGAUGAUUCACCUUGAAAGUAGCCAUGUUCAUUUGAAAUUUAGGUUCAAGAGUGGGAAACUGCAAAACGAGCGUGUUAUUGUUGUGACUUCAAAUGAAGAUUUUUCGGAAUUUGAAUAUUUUCUGAUAGACAAACGAGACGGCAGUUGGACCAUCAAACCAUUCAUUUAUCCCUUGAAGCAGUAUAUCGCUCCACCUCUUGCCAUAUCAUCAUUGCCCAGCAGCAAUUUCUAUCAUUCUCACACAUUCAUGCCCUUCAAGGAAGGUGAAGUUGACUCGGAGGACGAGAUUUGCACUCACUGGUUAGAACAGCUGAAUGAUGAGACUCUAGAUGAGCUUUCGGACGUGAGUGACAAGGAAAAACAGAUGAUGAAGAUUUGGAAUCGAUACAUAGAACCCAAAAGGGGACUGGCAGACAAAAAUUUAUCAUCUGUUUGCAUUGAAUUCGCCAAGUCGCGCGCUCACCAGAUUGUUGAACUGGAUCUGCGGAAUGAAUUUGCGUUUCAUCUGCUCAACAUUCUCGAGUUUCAAAUCAUUGACAGUGGCUGCGUCACCAAAUGUUUGGGGCUUGUUGAUAAGGUGAUUAAACAGCACUGA